UUUUCUUUUCCUCUCUCUCUAUAUAUUCCUCUCCUCCUUCACCUCUCCCUACCCAACCCCCCGCCUCUCCUCUCUCUCAAGAACUCCCCAAUCUUCAAGCCUUCCAUAUUUCCUUUUACCAAUAACAAGAAAAGCCCACUUGCUCUUAACUAUCCCACUCCCCAUCUUGCAUAGAUUCUCUUAAUAUUUUCUUAACGUCGUCGACCCCAUUUGGAUCGAUCUUUUUAGAAUGAAGCAGCUAAUUCGCCGUCUCUCACGGGUGGCAGACUCUUCUCAAUACAGUCUUCUGCGCUCGAACUCUCAAUCCACCACGACUGCUUCUCGACGGAGAUCCGGCGGGUCGAGGUCGGCGCGCCGGCGAGGAUCCGACAAGCCGGUGCCGGAGGGUCAUGUGCCGGUGUAUGUCGGCGAUGAGAUGGAGCGGUUUACGGUGAGUGCUGAGCUCUUGAACCAUCCGGUUUUUAUAUGGCUUCUGAACAAGUCGGCUCAAGAAUACGGGUACGAGCAGAAAGGAGUGCUGAGAAUUCCUUGUCACGUGCUGGUUUUUGAACGAGUUAUGGAAUCUCUGAGACUCGGUCUUGAGUCAAGUGACCUUGAGGAUGUACUUGGCUCUUUGUUCACUUCUGAGGAUUGUUUGUGAAUUUAAUUACACGGUGGUGAUCAGUUUAUAUAUAUAUAUAUAUCUGGGGAGGUUUUUGUAGAUCCUUGAAAUGUAUGGAGUGAUGUUGGAAAUAUCAAGAGAUCGUUUUGCGGGUUUUUUUCCGUGUAAAUAUACCUUUUUCGAUCUUUUGUGGUGAUGAAGAAGAAGAUUGCAGUGAAGGGAGAAGGUGAAGCAGUAGAGAUAAAUUUUAGGUUUUAUUUUUCUUUUGAAUGUUACCAGAUGUAAAAACAGGGACUGAAACAGCAAUGGAAAAAAAAUAGAGAAUUACUUGUUUUU